CCAGGACCCUGCAUUCACUAUAUCUGGUCUCCCACAGUACACAGAACGUGGAAAUGCAAUUAUUUUAGUAAAUAUAAACUGCUAAUUACCUUUUCUCAUCAGCAGUUAAAGCAGUCUUCUGAGCACUGCAGAGCACUGGUUAAAGCUUGCAGGAGGAGUUGUGAUUCUCCCCUGACUGUCCUAUGAGGCUGCAUGACCCAUGACCUUCUGUCUGGACAGUGCUGAUUGGCCCUGUGCUGAUUACAUGCACCCUACCAAAGAAAAAAAAACUCUCUAGCAAUAGACACUAAACCGAACAUGUGCAGAGUGACUAUUAGGGCUCUGUACUAUCUGCAGAU